AUAAAUGUACAUAUGGGGUCAAAAAUUAAAUCAUGAAUUUUAUCCAAAAUCCAUGUCAGCACACCAAUAACUCUCUGCCACACAAAAUCAUUCCUUCUAAACACCUUCUCCAUAGAUCAUGAUUCCCAAGAUUUCAAUCACACUGUUCUUAACAAAUAUAUUUUCUUGAUCAACUUGUAGCUUAACCAAAAUGGAAACAAUCAUCACAUCUCACACUGUUUCAUCACUUAAUCUCAAAAGCCCAUCACUCAAAUCCAAAUUUAACCCAUCAUUGUUCCAGCAUGGACCUAAGUUGACAUCUUUUCAACCCUCUGUGAGAUUACAAUAUAGUUUUAAUGAUGAACUGAGACUAUGUUCACACAGAGGUUUGGUAAGGGCUUCAAGUGCUGGUCAAAGUAAUGCAACUGAUGAUGAAGAUAGGUGGCUUCUUGAGCCUGUGGGUGACGGAGAUUCACGACACAUCGGUUUUAAGGUUGCUAUGCCAACUGCAUUUGAGAUAACAUCUAAUGUGGUGACCGUUGGACGUGUUCCUGAGAAAGCCGAUAUAGUUAUUCCAGUUGCAACAGUAUCGGGUACACACGCUAGAUUUCAAAAGCAGGGUGGUACUCUUUUGGUCACGGAUUUAGACAGCACGAAUGGCACGUUCAUUGACGAAAAACGCCUUACACCAGGCGUGCCCGCCAUUGUCCCCCCUGGGAGAUAUAUCACAUUUGGUGAUACCAAUCUAGCUAUCUUUCGUGUUUCAAAGCUGAAACCUAUUCCGAAACCUAGCGAAUCCGAGCCCGCGGUUGAGUUAGAAACCGGAGAUGCUACCAAUGUUGUGGAGAGCACGAGUCAAAACGCUUAAGUUGAUAUAAUUUUCUUUUGUUGUCGCCUUGUUGGUAUUGUCAACAUAGUAUAAGUUAACGCUUUAUAGUCAACCCUAGGAUUUGGAUGAUCGGUCAAAACGGGUAAUUUUUUGGUAUGGACAGAGUCCAUAAUCAACGUUUUUGUUUUUUUUUUCCUUUAUUGUAAAAUAUCACAUUAUUAUGGCAUUAAUGUAAUUUACUUAAACAAAAAUAUUAUGAGGUUUAUGAGAUA